UGUUGAUGUCCUGUCAAUUUAUUUGGUUCAGAAUUGAUUGUGUUAAAGUUAUUGCUAACCAUUAAUUAUUUACUCUACUACUUUUAACAGUCGUUGCAAAGCAACAUUGCAUAGCAAUGUCUUAUCAGUUGUAUAGAAAUACAACUUUAGGACACACGUUACAGGAGAGUUUGGACGAAUUAAUACAGUAUGGUCAAAUAACUCCACAGUUAGCGUGCAAAGUAUUGUUACUAUUUGACAAAUCUAUUAACAUGACUUUAGCGACUCGUGUAAAGUCGCGUUUAACCUUUAAAGCAGGUAAACUCAAUACGUACCGCUUUUGUGACAAUGUGUGGACUUUCAUGCUUAACGAUGUUGAAUUUAGAGAAGUACAAGAAAUUACUAAAGUUGAUAAAGUGAAAAUUGUAGCCUGUGAUGGAAAAAAUGUUGGUGAUGAAGGCAGCUCAAAAAAAUAAAUUAUUCCAAACAAGUGUACUUUAUGCCCUUUUAUGUAAAUAUUUAAAACUGAUAAUUG